AUGACCGCCAACCGCGAUUUCGCCUUGGAGGUCCCCCCGACCGAAGAUGACCGCAGUCCAGCCACCGGAGGCAUUUCCCCCGUCUGUCCAAUUUCUCCAGGCAUCACACCUGGAGCCCAUUUAUCCACUCCUACCCUCCUCCCAUCUCGCGAUACCCCCGCAGGCAUGACCUCCUCAUCAACACAUUUGGGCCAAAUCAACGCCGCCCGACGGGGCGCCGGCGCUACCGGCGGUGCCUCACCUCGCCCUUUGGCACAGGCUUCUAUGAGCGCACAAGGAAGUGGAGGAUUAAAUCAAGAUAUCAUGGCCAAGAUGAAGGCGUUCUCCCUCUCUCGACAAGGUGUCCCAUUGCCGCAUACCGCGUCCACGGGGAGAAUACCCACAUCCAAUGAAAUGGGCGCAGGUGCGGUCCCGGGCGCAGCCAGCCCCGCAUCGCCUAAGCCUUCGGGGAUGGGUAGGCGUAUGAAGCCUCAACUGAGGUUGUCGGAGAUGAGCGGCGGAUCGCCUCCUCCACCAAACGGCGAAAGCAAACCAGCAGAGCAGAACGGUGGAGAGUCGGCCUUCAGUAAAUAUGCCGAGUUCAUCGACACAAAAGCCGGGACUCUGAAUUUCAAGAACAAGGCCAUUCUACAUGGCGGAGGUGUUGAGUUUUCGUCAGGCCACAGCUUCAAGAUCUCUCUGGAUGAAGUAGAUCGUCUAGAUGAGCUUGGAAAGGGAAAUUACGGGACAGUUUACAAAGUUCGACACAGUCGACCUCAACUUCGGAAACCAGGCUUGGGCUUGAGUGGCAUUGUCAGUCGGCCAAUCGGCCUUGAUGACAGCGGUGAUACCGCAGGUCAAGAAAAUUUGUCAGGAGUGAUUAUGGCAAUGAAGGAAAUUCGAUUAGAACUGGACGAGGCAAAAUUCGCCCAGAUCAUCAUGGAGUUAGAUAUUUUGCAUCGUUGCGUGUCUCCCUUCAUCAUCGACUUCUACGGAGCAUUCUUCCAAGAAGGCGCAGUCUAUAUGUGUGUUGAGUAUAUGGAUGGUGGUUCCAUUGACAAGAUAUACAAGGGCGGCGUGCCAGAGAAUAUUCUGCGCAAGAUGACACUGUCCACCAUCAUGGGUCUGAAAGCGCUCAAGGAUGAGCACAACAUUAUUCACCGUGAUGUCAAGCCGACAAACAUUCUUGUGAACAGUAAAGGCCAAGUCAAGAUUUGCGAUUUUGGUGUGAGUGGGAACUUGGUGGCUAGUAUUGCAAAGACCAACAUCGGUUGUCAAAGCUACAUGGCACCUGAGCGUAUCGCAGGCGGCGGUAUGCAACAAUCAGGAGCGCCAAGUGCUGGGACAUAUAGCGUGCAAAGCGAUAUUUGGAGUUUGGGAUUGUCGAUUAUUGAGUGUGCUAUGGGAAGAUACCCCUACCCGCCGGAGACGUUUACCAACAUCUUCAGCCAGCUACACGCAAUCGUUCAUGGAGAUCCUCCAACUCUUCCUGAAUCUGGAUACUCUGAUGAAGCACACUCAUUUGUGCGUGCCUGUCUCGAUAAGAACCCGAAAAACCGACCUACCUACAGUGCGUUGAUCCGCCACCCAUGGCUGGAGCCUCUCAUGCGGCCACCAAGUGAGGCCGAAGAGGCUGCAUCUGAGGAGGCUGAACCUGAGGUUCCUGCGCCCGGCGAGAAAGUCCCGUCUUCUGUGACCGAAGACAAGGAAGUUGCCGAUUGGGUACUCAAGCAACUUGAAUUGAAACAGCAGGGUCUUCUCGUAGCCGGCGAGAAGCCUGCCCUUCAUACCGUGGCUCUGGACAAGGUCGGCUCUAGUCCUGCUGAAGAGAAUCCACCCACAACAUCGCUGGAUGGGUGA